GAGGUGAGGAGGGUUCCCGUGCCGGCCAACAGGUACACCCCGCUGAAGGAGAACUGGAUGAAGAUAUUCACGCCUAUCGUGGAGCACCUGCAGCUUCAGAUCAGGUUUAAUUUGAAGACCAGAAACGUUGAAAUCAAGACUUGUCAAGAGACGAAGGAUCUCAGUGCUCUAACAAAAGCGGCUGAUUUUGUCAAAGCAUUUAUACUCGGGUUUCAAGUAGAGGAUGCUCUUGCUCUCAUCAGAUUAGAUGAUCUUUUUCUAGAAUCAUUUGAAGUUACAGAUGUCAAACCUCUGAAAGGAGAUCAUCUGUCUAGAGCAAUAGGGAGAAUAGCAGGGAAAGGUGGAAAAACAAAGUUCACUAUAGAAAACGUAACCAGGACACGAAUCGUUCUUGCUGAUGCGAAAAUUCAUAUUUUGGGAUCUUUUCAGAACAUUAAAAUGGCACGAACAGCAAUUUGCAAUCUAAUUUUAGGAAGUCCUCCAUCAAAAGUUUAUGGCAACAUCCGGGCAGUGGCCAGCAGAGCAGCUGAGAGGUUCUGA